ACCAAUGUCUUAGCUAAUUUCCCAAAAAUCUCUAUAGAUUCUUCUCAUCGAGCUCCAAAAUCCUCCAUAGAUAUGGCCGACGAAGACAUAGGCCAGUCGCGGAGCGCUUCGGGCUCGAGGCGAACGCGGUCUCAGGCGGCGCCGGACUGGUCCGCCAUGGACGAGCUCAUCCUCGUCAACGAGAUCGCCGCCGUGGAAGCCGAUUGCCUGAAAGCGCUCUCGUCGUAUCAGAAGUGGAAGAUCAUAGCCGAGAACUGCGCCGCCCAGGACGUGUCUCGGAGUUUGAACCAGUACCGGAGGAAGUGGGACUCUCUGCUUCAGGACUACAAUAGCAUCAAGCGGUGGGAGUUGAAGUCCAGGAGAGACUCGUAUUGGGCGAUGAAGACCGAUAGGAGAGAAGAAUUAGGGCUUCCGAGGAGCUUCGACGAGGAGCUGUUCGCGGCGAUUGGUAAUCUUGUUAGGGCUCGGGAGAAUCACUCGGAUACGGAGCAGGAGAGUGAUGGAGAAGCGAAGGAAGAGACAAUCGAUGUUGCUAAGGAAUUAGGGUCGAAGAGAAAAAGGCAGCAGUCAACAUCUCAAGAAAAACGUUCAUGGAAAAACCUUGCAGAAGAAGAUCUAUCAGAGUCUUUUGCAAAUGAAAAGCCUUCAAAGAGCUGCACAAAAGGAAAACCUCCCAGAUCCCAGGCGGAAAAGAAUCCUAUGCAAAGAUCCCUGGAAGAAAAACCUGUGAGAAAACCUGAACUCAAUGAAGAAACGCCUCAACUGAGAAGUGCAAGGAAGAUGACUCGAAAAGCCCAUGUUGAAGAAAAAGAGACCGUCAGUAUUGAGGAAAAGGAGCAAAUGAUUGAAGAAAAGCCUGUGAGAAACCCCACUCUCGUAGAAGAAAAAUCUCAGCAGAGAAGUUCAAAGAAGAUGCCACGAAAAGGCCAUGUUGAAGAAAAGAAGACCAUUGGUAUUGAAGAUAAGGAGCAAAUGAUUGAAGAAAAUCCUGUGAGAAACCCCGUUCUGGAAGAAGAAAAGGUUCAAAGGCGUCAAAUAGGUGAUGUCGACCAUGUCAAGGAAGAGACAAUCAGUAUUGACGACAAGGAGAAAAUGUUUGCUCUAAUAUUGCGUGAAAAUGCUAAAAGGAUCAGUUCCAUUGUUGCUGAGGAUGCAGGCUUUGAGGCUGAAAACGCGGUAAGUGCUGAUCACGAUCUUCAAACUGAAUCCGCUGAAUUUGUUAGACAUCAAGGAGAUAAGCUUAUUGCGUGCCUUGGGGACAUAGUAAAAACUCUUGACCAGCUCUGUGCUCUUUGUCCAAGAAUAUGAAUGACCUAUUUUGUAGUAAAGCUAACACAAUAUGAUCACCUUGGUUGGUCUUGUUAACAGAUCGGUGCUGUAGUCUCCUUUGAAAUCCUAAUGUAAAUUUUAAUCGGCUUUCUACUACCAUGAUCUUCCAUCCUGCUUAAACGAUUUUCCUUGGCUUCUCCUUUUCUUUUAAAUUUAAGGUGGAGGAUUUGAAGUUAAGAUCUUAUAUUAGAGGU